AUUGCCGUUGGCGGAAUUGGACGCGCAUCGAUCAAGCGAAUCCGCGCGCAUCCAGUUUACAGUUGUUUCCACUUCGCGUUUGUAACUGUUGCGUUUAACUGUUUGUUCUUUACAAUUUUUUUUUUUUGUGUUUUUGUUUUUGUUUUCCGUUUCGAUAAAUGCUUCUGAUUGUUGCCUAACGGAUGUGAAGUGAUUACAGCCCAGUAACAAUAUGACGGAUCAUGAAAACGAUAUCAAGCCCACCGAGGCUGGCGGCGAACCUUCAGACAUCGCCAGCGCCGAGUCCAGAACUCUUCCAGUCGAAGCGUCAGCCCCGGCAGAGUCGAGUUCUGUUCCAGCCGAGGCCCCGACCGUAACAGCUGUGCCAGAUCAGGAGCCGGCGAGCAAUGGCAAGAGUCUGGUGGCUGCCAGCAAGCUGGCCGAAUCCGAGCCCAAGAAGAAUGGCAUUGAUACCGACGACAGCAAGGAUUUCGGCAAUGUGGCCGAGGCAGAAGGUCAGCAGAAGAAACUGCCCUAUCCAAAGUCGGUUUUCUUCAUCAUCAGCAACGAGUUUUGCGAGCGCUUCAACUAUUACGGCAUGCGGACUGUGCUGGUGCUCUAUCUGAGCCGGAAGCUUGGCUACUCGGAUGACACCGCCACCGUGGUGUUCCAUAUCUUUACGAUGUUCGUCUAUUUUCUGUGCGUCUUUGGUGCCAUCAUUUCGGACUCCUGGCUGGGCAAAUUCAAGACCAUCCUGUAUCUGUCCUUGGUUUAUAUAUGUGGUUCGGUUCUGUUGACUCUCGGCGCCAUUGGACCGCUCAACUUGCCGCUGGAAACGUUCACGAUAUUGGGCUUGGCGCUAAUUGCGCUCGGCUCGGGCGGCAUCAAGCCGUGCGUAUCGGCCUUUGGCGGCGAUCAGUUCAAGGUGCCAGAGCAGCUGAAGCAGAUAACCUCGUUCUUCUCGCUCUUCUACUUCUCCAUCAAUGCCGGCUCGCUGAUCUCGACCACCGUGACGCCCAUUCUGCGCGAAGAUGUCCAUUGCUUUGACGACAUCAACUGCUAUCCGCUGGCAUUCGGUGUGCCCGCCGUCCUUAUGAUUGUCUCGGUGGUGAUCUUUGUGCUGGGCCGGCCGCUCUACAAGAUCAAGCCCCCAGCGGGCAACAUGGUGGUGCUGGUGAGCAGCACCAUCUGGACGGCCCUGACCACCAAGUGCAAGGAGAAGAAGACCAAUCCGCGCGAACACUGGCUUGACUAUGCGGACAAGAAGUACGAUCGCCAGAUGAUCGAAGACGUCAAGGUCCUGAUGCGAGUCCUGUUCCUCUAUUUGCCGCUGCCCAUCUUCUGGGCACUGUUCGAUCAGCAGGGCUCACGCUGGACCUUCCAGGCGACGCGCAUGGACGGCGACAUGGGCUCCUGGGACCUCAAGCCGGAUCAGCUGCAAGUGCUCAAUCCCCUGCUCAUUCUGGUUUUCAUACCCUUGUACGAUGUUGCGUUCUAUCCGGUGCUGAGCCUGAUCGGCAUACGUCGACCGUUGCAGAAGCUCACCAUGGGCGGCAUCCUGGCUGGCAUUGCGUUCAUCAUAUCGGGCAUUGUGGAGCUCAAUCUCGAGAAAACCUAUCCCGCAUUACCCUACAGCCAGAAUGCGCAGCUGCGCGUCUUCAACACCGAGAACUGCGCCUACAACUUCGCCACGAACAUCGACUCGCUGAAGACCUUCACCGUGGAGCCGUACAGCAUGUUCACGGACAAGGAUGUAUUUGUGCCCGGCACCUUCAAUUUGGAGUACACGAUCAGCAGCACGGAUCCCGCUUGCCAUGCCUAUGCAGGCGGCAGCCAUACCCUCACAGAAAAGAAGGCCUGGUCUCUGUUCCUGAAUGCGCGCAACAUUACGGGCGAAACCUUCUGGGAGGAGGACUUUGUAAACAAACCCUCCGACAGCUACCCGCUGAUCCGAAUCGUCGGCAACGUCCAGCAACAGCGACAGAUUGUGUUGAAGAGCAGCAAGGAGAGCUACGAGUACAAUGCUAACGAGACCUACCGACAGCGCGUCUCCUCCGGCAACUACGAGAUCUCCAUCGAUAGCCAGCCGUUGGGUACGGUGCACGCGCACACCGGCGGCGUCUAUACCCUGCUCCUGAAUGAGCUUGCAGCCGGCGGGUAUAGCUACAAGCUGGUCGAGGUCACCGAGCCCAACUCGAUGAACAUCCUGUGGUUAAUACCACAGUAUGUGGUCAUGACUCUGGGCGAGGUCAUGUUCUCCGUGACGGGUCUGGAGUUCUCCUAUGCGCAGGCGCCGCCCAGCAUGAAGUCCGUGCUUCAGGCCUGCUGGCUGCUGACGGUCGCCUUUGGCAAUGUGAUUGUGGUGAUCAUUGCGGAGGCGGCGCUCUUCGAUUCGCAGGCCAGCGAGUUCUUCCUGUUCGCGGGCCUCAUGUUUAUCGACAUGCUGCUCUUCAUGUUCAUGGCCUACAACUACAAGCCGAACGAUCCCAACCGGGUCGAGGAGGCCGAGCCUCUAACCAACGGCGACGACAGUCGUCAGAUCAAGGCUCUCGAGACGGGCGUCGACAACAAGGGCAAGGAGAUCGAUGGCUAGGCUGGGACACGCCCCCCCUGGGACACGCCGCCCCCCUCAAAUGUUGUGUAUUAUAUAUAAAUGAAGAAAAAAACCCCCCGCCCCCACCCUCCUAUGAUAAUUCAUAUAUGUACUUUGUGUCCAUUUACAAUGUAAGUGUAAAGCUCUGCCCGGGUCAACGAUCGGACCCAGAGAUCGACGGGACGGGCCUUGUUGAAUAUGCCAAGACAUACGUUUUAACUAAACUAAUCUUAUACAAAUAAAUCAAAAAUUGUAAUCAUA